UAGACGAUCUUUGUGAGCUAGCUUGACUGUCUCAGUGCUGCUGCUGUUUGCUGCUCACAGACCUGCCUGCCUCUGUCUGUCUGUGUGUGUGUCUGUCUGUUUGGACCAGCUGCUGAAGAGAAGCAAAUAUGACCCCUGCAAAAAAGAACAGGGUAUUUGUCAUCGGUGUGGGCAUGACAAAGGUAAACUUAUUAUUUUGUACCUAGUCCCAGAACGACAGGGCAUUAUGUAAGACUUGAGGCUAGCAUAUGUGGCUAACACUAGUUUAAAGUGCACUGAACAUGGUAACUAACCUGGUAACUUAAACUUUAUUGUCACAGUUUAUCUAUUUACAGUAUUGUUAAGAUGUCUUCAUAUUGCCUAUUUAGUGUGAAUCUCCUAAAUCUGUCAGCAGCUGACACCAUACAUAGUAAACAUCAGUUAGCAGGGUAAGCUGAAAACAGCUAACAAGUUUGUAGUUUUACUUACAAAUUUGUUGUUUUUGGUGUGAAUGUUAGUCGUACUUAGGUCUCUCUGUCAGUUCUCUGAUGUACUUGUUGAGUCCAUAGUUCAUGGCCAGCAGAGGUUAUAAACUGUGUUAAGGGUCAUCCCUCCAGCAGACUGCUAACAUUAUACACACAGAGCUGUCAGUGCAGGUCUCAUGGUUUUAACACAAGUUUUUUAUUAAAAAGUCUCUGAUUGUACCACUUCCUGCUAAUUUGACACUUUUACUCAUUUGUUUUUCAAGAUAGUAUUUUUCUAGAUUGGAAAUCCAAUAAUUUUGGUGCAUUAGGAGAGUGUCUUAUCUGUAAUGCUUGCAGAGAUAAAAUGCUUUUCUAAUCAAACUAAUCUGUGUCACUAUUGCUCCUCUCAUAGUUUGCAAUGAAUACACAAUUUUCUCAUUUCACAAGAUUAAUUUGAAAGUACAGCUUUCACUUUUUGCCUUUUGUGCAGAUCACCAUAGAAAACAUUCCAUGUCUUUUCUGUCUUGUAUAGACCCAGUGAAUUCUGUUCGUGAUUUUUUAUCUGCAAGAAGGGGUGAAAAAUGCAGAACAACUUGCAAUAUGAUACCUGAUACAUUGCCUGUGAUAACAUUAACAUAAUAGUGCAGGGACUCUGUAAAGACUGAUGAAUUGUAAAUAAUCAUACAGCCAAACAUUGUGAUAUUUAAUUGACGUAAGAAUAAGGUUAAAUGCAGGAUAAGUGUGAUCACUUCCACCUCAGAGACUCAUAAAGAAACGACAAAAAGAGUCAAAUUGGAAGAGAAAUCUAUCUGGGGACAUGUAUUAUUUUAAAAUGAUAAUACUGAUAUUUGAAGGUAGCAAAACCUAUAUAUAAAGCAUGAGUCAGGAUGUGGAUAUGCUGCUGUAUCAGUAUUUUGUCAAAUCCCAAUUUACAAACUUGUGGUUUAAUUUCAUGAUAAGCUUUUGCACCUUUGCAAAUGAUUGAUAAAAUAGAAAAUUGUUUGGCUGUGAAAUAUUUUCAGCACAGUUCACUCAAAAGUUAAAUAAAUACCUGGACAUUUCGCAGAGCCCAAAGCCUUGUCAUCAGAUGUCUGGUUUUGUCAGAACAGCGGUUCAAAAGUCCAAAUACUGAGUUUUAAAUAGGAUAUGAGAGGGGAUAGCAGCUGAACUCUGCAUCUUUAGAGUCUGGACCAUUUUAAAAUUUUUAUCUGAUAUGAAAGAUUAGAUAAAAUUUCAUGCUUUUGCUGAAAAUAAAACUGAAGUCAGAUAUGCAGAAUAAUAGAUAUAGAUCCUCAUAUUCACUCACACACUCACCGACCCUCUCAAUCUCUGUAUUUUGCUGCAGUUUGACAAACCUGGGGCCAGAGGAGACUAUGACUACCCUGAUAUGGCAAAGGAAGCAGGUGCUUAUCUAAACAGAAUAUGGACAUUGUUCGGUCUCUGUAAAGAUAUCAUAUCUUAACAUCUGUGAAAUUUGAUCUUGUUGUGUAAUACGCUUUAUGUCAUGUUUACUUUUUAGGUCAAAAAGCCCUGGCAGAUGCAGGAAUCCCAUAUUCUGCCAUCGAACAGGCCUGUGUCGGAUACGUUUACGGUAAGAUUUUGUAUUUAGGUGUACUUAAUAUCUAACAUCUCAUGUUACGUACAGCGCAGUGGUGAACACUGUCCGAACUUUAGUAUUGUUAUGCACAGUUUUAUGAGAAAAGGGCCUGAAAUUAGCAUGCAUCUCUUUACUGUGAGAGACAUCUUUGUCGGAACAAUUCAGUCACUCCCCUUCAAUGACAGAAUUAGACAGGAGUAAAUGAAAGGCACUGAAAGUUUUUGUUUUAAUUCUUGUAAAAAACUAAAAUCUGAAUGCUUCAUUCUGGUUUUCCUAUUCUAGUUUUGAAUUAUUUAAAGUGCAGGUUUGACAGAUUUGAUGUAUGAAUCAUCGUUUAUUUCACCCCACUUCACUGGUUCUUAAUAGCAGCCGUAUUUACAUACUCUACUAUCCUAUAAACUCCAGGCUAUGACCCUACAGACGGACAUAUUACUGUUGAAGAAAGUCAUAACACUUCCUCCUCUCACUCUCUCAGGGGACUCUACAUGUGGGCAGAGAGCCAUCUACCACAGCCUGGGCCUGACUGGGAUCCCCAUCAUCAAUGUCAACAACAACUGCUCCACGGGGUCCACCGCUCUCUUCAUGGCACGGCAGCUGGUUCUGGGAGGUGAGUUCAGCCACUUUGAAAAAACCAUAAACCUUCUUAAGUAACAACUAAAAAGGCCUAAAGGGGUUUCUGUUAAAAGAAACAUUUUUAUUUUUGUCAUUGAACUGUAAAACCUGUGUUCAUUUGUCAUCUUCUUCUGCAGGUCUUGCUGACUGUGUGCUUGCUCUUGGGUUUGAGCGGAUGGAAAGAGGCUCUUUGUCCUCAAAGGUGAGAAACUACAUGUUAUGAGUUUUAAAUACUUUUAUGUAUAGGGUCAUUUCUACAGGACAAAUCACAGAAAAAUACAACCACGCUUCCAUAGAAUCAUAAACUCCUUCACUGCAUCCAGAGGAGGUGAAGCAAAGAGCAUCAAACCCUUGCGUCAUUUUACACGUUCAAAAGCAACGAUGAAUGUUCUUGAUAAUGUUUCCAGUAUAUGGACCGGACCAACCCAAUGGACAAGCACAUGGAGGUGAUGAUCAACCGCUACGGCAUCGCAGCAGCUCCAGCAGCACCACAAAUGUUUGGCAAUGCUGGCAGAGAACACAUGGAGAAAUACGGUACAGACUGCAUGCAUGAUGAAUGCAGGUCCAUUGAUUAAUGAUACCAUUUGUUAAUUAUUUACUUUAAUGGUGAUUUUUGAAUAUCUUCCAGGCACGAAACCUGAACACUUUGCCAAAAUUGCCUGGAAAAACCACAAGCAUUCCACUAACAACCCGUAAGUCAACGUACGCUCUAUGAACCAGUUUUGAUGUAACAUUUAUGAAUGAGAUUUCAUUUAACUGUGCAUGGGAAUGUGCAUGUUUACAUCCAUGUAGGUAUUCCCAGUUCCAGGAUGAGUACAGCUUGGAGCAGGUGAUAAACUCCAGGAAGGUGUUUGAAUACCUGACUCUGCUGCAGUGCUGGUGAGACGCUCAUUGAUUUGAAGUUAUUAUUUUUGGAAAUCAAUUCCACUUGAGUGUAACUACUGUGAAUUUGAUGCUAGAAAGUGUUGAAUUAUUUUGAGGUAUUGAUGAUAAUCAUGUGGGUUUCUUUACAUGUCUGUUUCUCUUGUUCUUCUCCUCUUUUCAGCCCAACAUCUGAUGGUGCGGGAGCUGCAGUUCUGGUCAGUGAAGACUUUGUCAGGAAACAUCACCUGGAGCACCAGGCAGUGGAGAUUGUGGCCCAAGAGAUGGUGACUGACCUCGCCUCCACGUUUGAAGAAAACAGCUGCAUAAAGAUGGUGAGAAGUUUUCAACAAUAAACAGUUCUGCUGUCAUGUGAUUUAUCUGCAAAGAUACUUAAAGCAGGUCUUUAGUUCAUCUGUAUUUAAAGGUCAAGUGGCUUUCAUUUCUUACUGUCUUGACCACUGCAACAUGAAGAGACUCAAGAGCAGCAUGAAAGAAAACAGACAGAGACAUGGUUUCACUCCAUAUUAUGGUCAUAAACUAGAUUCUGCAUAAUGAACAAAUUAUGUCCGCUUCUUUCAAUUAAUUGUUAUGAAUUAUAAUAUCAGACAACACUGCAAAGAGAGCUAGGACUUGCUGUCAUUACAGACCAGCACCUCAGCUUUGAUUUGAUUUCAAGAUUUGUGUCAAAAUAAAAAGGGUCCAGAUAAAGAUUUUAUAUUUAACCUCCUACAAAGUAAAGAAAAUGUGUUUCACUGUGUUCUCUGUGGUGCUGAAAUGUGUGUUGUAACAAAAGUCACUGUAAAUUAUUGCAGGUCCUCUGUGUAGCAGGUUAGUUAGAAUAACAUUAAACCUAUGCAAAACCUUUAGUUGUGUUGCUAAUCCACUGCAUGUUGUUGUUGUAAACUUUGAAAAGAAACUUGUCUAACUUGGAGAACUGGCUUAGAGUUAUUUUUGGAUUUGAUUUUAAUUAAGUAAGCAGGAACAGGGUUACAGGAGAGCAUAAUUUGCAUAUAUGCUGUUGUGACUCAUCUAAAAUUAAGGCUCUAAAUUAAUUACAUACCUGCUGCCCAGUGUACCAUGUUGAUCUUAUCUUGCUGUUUGUUGUGUUUCAUAUUAAUUCACCUCUUACGGAGUUAAAAGAUUAUUUUGAAGUCAGAAGAGUCUUAUCUUAUCUCAAAAAGUUGCUCAGCAGUUUUUGUAGUCCAAACAGACUCUCAAUUUCUGAGCAGUGCAGAGCGGUGAGAAAGAAAGCUCCCCUUGACCUUAUAGAGAUCUCACCUUCAUCACCGGCUCGAGCAAACAUUUUAGUACUUUUUGUGGCGUCCAUUUAAUUAAUUUUUAUAGACCUAGAGAGGAUGAACUUUCCCAUAAAGUGAAGAUUACUUUCACAGCCAUGACAACCCCUGCAUUUCACAAAUGUCAUUAAAGAUUAAAGAUAACAUGGCUGAAUAUACCUUUGAAUAAUAACCCCUAUUACUUCUCCCAAAAUUAUUUUCCAAACCUUGAUUUGUCACAAGUUUAAACAAAGAUAUUGAAAUACCAAUUCAAGAGCAUUUUCCAAAUAAAAAAAAAAACACACAUCUCUUGGAGUUGUUACCCCUAAAACUAAAGCUCAAGUGAAGUGAUUGGCCAUUUUUCAUUUCAUCUUCUUACAGCCAGUGGAGAAUGUUAGUAUGCUCCAGGACCUCAAUGCUGUCGUUAUGAUAACUUUUUUCUUUAAGGUCAUUGUCUUAACAGGCUUCUUUGCUCUCUUCAGGUGGGCUAUGACAUGUCACGGUUAGCUGCCAAAAAGUGUUUCGAAGCUGCAGGACUGACGCCCAGUGACGUUGACGUAGUCGAGCUGCACGACUGUUUCUCAGCCAAUGAGCUCAUCACGUACGAGGCCCUCGGGCUGUGUCCAGAGGGUAAGACCACUGCGUCCAAGAGCCUAAUUUAAAAAGAGCAGGAAGUUUUUCGCCCUCUUCAUGCACAUAUUAAAACAUCCAGAUAAAAAUAUACAGAUACUGUUGAAACAUUUACUGUGUUUUUUUCUUCAAAAUCACUGAGCCGAGCAGUCAGAGUUGCAGCUGAACUAAAAAGAUGUCCCCAAAUAACCCGGCAUAGAGCCCAGAUUAUUCAAUUCUCAGAAUGGUUUCCCAGUGAUCCGACUCUUUGUGUUGGGUUAUGAGGGCAUUCGACUGUGAAACCAAACACACAACAUAUCUCUCACUGAUAAUCUGUUCUUGUGGGAAAUAAAGUUUGAGGGGAUAAAAAGAUUAGGCGGCUCCGACUUCGAAGCAGACAUGACUCUGGAGUGGAAAUCACUGCAUGGGCUCAAACUUACAUAAAAAAACACAGUCUGUGAACUCAGUUUGUUACUGCAUGUCCAAAUGUAGGUUAUGACUUCCCAUUUAUUAGUUUUUUGAAACCUCUUGAAAACUUUUUACUGAGUAUGUUUAAAUUUAAACCAUACCAAACAAAGGUACAUUGUAAAAUGAUUGUAGUACUGACUUGAUUAUGCUGCGUUCCGGUUGCCUUGGAAGUCGGCUGUCAGAGCUGGGAAUGACACUACACCAGAAUUGACGGCAUUCCAGUAGACAUGUUGGAAAACCAAGAUGGACGCCUACUGUUAGCCGAUGUUAGCUGUUGUUUACAACUGUCAGCUGUCAUUAGCCGUUGUCAGUUGUUGUUACUUGUUUUUAGCUAUACCAGAUGUAAACAAGGCGUAACACAGUAUUUUACUCUUGCAAACACCAUAGCACCAUGUUCACAGUAAGAUGGUUGGCAGUACAACAUAUACCACUUAAUUAAUUUCACAAAAACAAAACACUAGUGCUAAUAAAUAAUAACAUUACGAGAGCUUUUGCUGUUACUCUUUACUGUUGAUGCACUGCGCCGCCAUCCUGGAUUAUGAAAUCGGAACUUCAGGGGGGUGUUCCAGAUUAAUUUUCGACUCAGAGCUAGGAAAUUCCGACUUCCGAGUACAACUGGAAGGCAGCAUUAUACUUUUUUAAACUUAUAUUAUUACUAGACUGUAACUUUCCCUCUACUGUUUUACUUCUGCAGGUAAAGCAGGAGAGCUGAUUGACAGAGGAGACAACACAUAUGGAGGAAAGUUUGUGGUGAACCCCAGCGGCGGUCUCAUCUCUAAAGGGCAUCCUCUGGGGGCCACAGGUACACAGCCUUUGACUCCUAAUGCACAAUAUACACUCAACGAUGUCUAGACCACUGUGUAGGUAGAGAAGAUACCAAGGUCAACAGCAUUAGCAGCUAAUGGUGGACAGUUUAAAAAGAACCACUGAACAGAGAAAAUAAAGAUGUUGACCUAUAGAUCGAGCAGCAUUGGCUUCAGACCAUACUUAUCUAACCUGGAGUUACAUUCAAACACAAACAACACCAUUAACAACAAGACGGAGACUUUCAAAUCUGCCUUUUUGUAUACCUGUCGCUGCUGAGAGGGGUAGGUUUCAGAUGAUCAUAUCACAGUGACAGUAUGCUGCAGAAACAGAGAAUUUUUCACAUAAAAUUGCAGAGUAGAUUUUCAACAGAAACCUGCUUAGACAUGCAAAGAGCAAAAUAUCAAAGUAAAAAAAUUCACUGUAGUUUGGACAAGAACAUCCAAGACUGAGGAAAGGUGUCAUUUUCAGGGAGAAAUCUCUGCACUUUCAUACAUUUACUCGUAGCAUAUUGACAAUCUCUGCUGCUUUGUUCACAGUCAUCCUAGAAACUCUUCACCGGCUUUGGCAGUGUCCUUUUGAUAUCAUGCUAUAGAAGCUGUGAGGAGCUUUAAUGUUGAAUGUCUUGGCUCUGACUUUUCUGAAAUGUAUUCUUCAUCAUUGGAAAGAAGAACCCCCGUAGUUUUCCUUUCUCUACUCCUGGAGUCUUUUCCCAGGAAAUUGUGAGUCACCAAAAUAUAUUUUUCAUAACACUUUAAAGAGCAAUUAAGUUUUUUCUUGUGCAAUUUGGCUUCAUUAUUGGGAUUUUUUUGUUAUAAUGUAACUGUUCAGCAGUAUUGUGAAUUGUUUGCGACAAAAUUUGAGGCAGCAGUUGCUCAGAAGGUAGAGCAGUCAUCCAAUAACUGGAAGGUUGAAGGUCCGAUUCCAUCCUAUCCCAAGUCUGUCUGUUGUGUCCUUGGGCAAGACACUUAACCCACCUUGCUCCCAGUGUGUGUGUCCCCCACUAGUGUAUGAUUGUGAGUGUUGUGUGGAGGUGGUUGGAGAGGCUGUAGGCGCAAACUGGCCCUGGGGCAGCUGUGACUACUAAGGUAGUUUACCAUCACCAAGGUGUGACUUUGUGAGCAAAUGAAUGAUGUAUCCAAUGUAAAGUGCGUUGAGGGUCUCUGAGUAAAGCGCUAUAAAAUCUGAUGCAUCAUUAUUAUUAUAAAUUUCAUAUUUAGAUAUUUCUAAAGAUGGCCAUGCACCCUUGAACUGAAUUUCUUCAUCUUGCUGCAAGAUAAAGAAACGCCAUUCAUGAUAGCAAACAGCACAAAACACUAUGAAAUACUAAGAUACAAUUAAUGUUGAUAAUUUUUUUUUUGCACGCUUAAACCAGUACCUCUGCAGCAUGAACAAUAUCGCAACAACACAAACAUGUUGAAACAGCAAAGGCCACAUUCAUUGACUACACAUCCUUUAUUUAAAAUCAGGCAUGUUGAAAGUAUUUGACAUAUUUCAUUAGAAUGACUUGAAAUAUUGAGCAGGUGCACUGUCAUCUCAUCACUUGAUUUAACCACUCAAUGCAGUUAAUUGUUAUUGCAUCAGGGUUAUCACUGUAAAGACUGUGAUUAUGCUGACAUUUUUUCAUCUUUUUUAGAGCGGCAGUUUAACUGAAAAAACAAGCAGCUAUAGAUUUAAUCACAGCUGUAUCUUCUAAUAUGGCUGACAGUUCCCUCAGUGACCACCAGGUGGUGUGUAUCUCAUAUGAAUGGAGCCCACUGAAGCCUGCAUGUGAGAGAGCAGCAGCCUGUAGCUUUGGCAGCUUCUCCUGUAAUCUCUCCACGUAUUAAACUGUUAAAGACGAAACACUGUGCAAACAGAGCGACUGACUGACUGACUCACUCAACCUUCACAUUCUUCUUGACAAAUUUAAUGUUUUUCAUUCUCAAACUGUUUCUCACGCUCAUGUUAAUGCUGCCUGUGAGUUUGAGUACCUUAUAUCGUCACCACAUGCUCUGAAUGUGAAGGUGAAACAGUGCAGUGUAACCUUUUCCCCUCAUUCAUUGUUCUUCUUUUAGUCCUCCUUUUUUCCUUACAAUUUCAACCAAAGCUUCUCCUGUAUCCUAACUCGCUCACUGACUUUCCCCCAUCCAUGUCAUCAGUCCAGACUCUUAUCUCUCGGGUCACUCCCAGUGUGCGAGUGCCCCAGUCAGCUAAGCUCUGUCUGAUCCGUGGUGUUGCUCCUAAUCUUGGUUUCAAAGCUCUGACCUCUUCUCUCAUGAACACAGCGAGCAGGGGGAUUGAUGGCUAAUUGAGUGACCCGUGCAGAGACCCUCUCCAAUGAAGGAGUGUGAUCCACUGCAGGAGGGUCUCAAUUUUGGGUGUUGACGCGUCAAAGAGGGUACUUGAGGCUCUGGGCUCUAAAUUACUGUCAUUAUUCAUGAUUGGAGCCAUGUAAGCUGCUGUUUAGAGAAGUGAAGUGGAAGGAUCUUAAUAAAGCAGUUUUGUCAUUGACUACUUCUUUUAUCCUGCAAAGUAACAGGGGCUUUAACUUGAUCAAUAACCCAGCGGUUCAAACGCUGGAUUUUCAAAUUGGCAUUCGAAUUAAAUUUCCUCAUGUGGAAGCAGAAUAUCAGAGCGCUGCAGAAUAUGAAAGAUACACCAUGAAGAGGUCUCAAGCAUUAAGUCCUGUAGCUUAUGGGGAUAAUGAGGAAAUGUAAAAGCUCAUUAAGCAUAUGGGAUGAAAUACUUAGCCAUAACGUUAGCGCAGAAGGAGCUGUCCGUGUCAAGAUUAGGGAGUGAGUUGUCAGAUUAGGGGCCAGCUUGUCAGAGAAGAGAUUGUGUUUAACACUCACAGGAUGCUUGAGUGUCUUCACCUAUUGACAGAGUUAAAGGUGCAUUUAUUGAACCAGUUACAGAGGUGAAGUAUUUGGGAAUCAUUCUGGAUUCUCAGUUUGAUUAAAAAAACAUAUAAAAAGAGAAUUUACCAAAUGAUCAAGGCUAACGUUUUCUGUUUUUGAGGUGAUCAUGUGGACACUAGGAUACCUUCACAUUUGUUUGAUGCUUUAACUGCCUUGUCUGAGGCAAACCAGUCAAUAUGAGAUCCUUGAAGUGCCUCUACCAUUGAGCUGUGAAGCUCCUAGAUGGGAAAAAACAAGUUGGACAUCAUUGCUAGAUUUUGAGUGAAGUAAUUUUAUCUGUCUACACUACUUAGAGUUUGUAUUCAAGUGUUUGAAAAGACUUGCUACUUUUUGCAACUAAAUAAUGAGACUAGAGAGCAGCAGCAGAACCAGUGGAGCAGCUUCAAAUUAAGAAUGAAGAGUUUUGCUCUGUAAAAAACAACUUCACACUCAGAGAAAAAUAUUCAUCUUUAAAACCCUGUUAAUUCAGCAGCAAACCUACACUCCUGUCUGCUUUCCACAGGCUCUGUCCCUGUUAAAGGGAUAUUCCGGCGUAAAAUUAAGUUAUGGUCAAACACUCCGUAACACUGAGUUAGACACCCCCCCAAGAGAUUAGUGUUUUCGACCGCUUGUUUCUGUAGUUAUACCAACUUCAGCAACGACCGCACAAUAGCAAUACACAGCGGUCUACGUUUCCACGUGCAAACCUCAAUUAAAAAGCCACUUUAUAGCCAUAAAUAAUCCUCAGAACAGCACCUAACUUCAUCAACAGUGCAGGUAUGGUCACAGUCAUAGCACUAGACACCAAACAUCUUUUUAGCUUUGCCUUCUUUAGCAAAGAGACUAAACACAAUUCACCCACUUUCCUCCAGCAGCCGCUUGUUUGUUGGGGGAGCCCUGAUGAGUCAAUCACUGAGGUCAGCAGAGUUUCGCAGCUCAAGGAAGAAAAUUUAUGAUUAUUACUUAAUGGAAAUGCAAUCGGACCAAGACGCUAAGGCAGAAGAACUACCAUGUCUGUAGUGCACAUACAAGAUACACAAGAACUCUGAUUGCAUUUCCAUGAAGUAAUGACCAUAAAUGUUCUUCCUUGAGCUGCGAAACUCCGCUGCACUCGGUGAUCGAUUCGUCAGGGCUUCCCCCACUAACAAGUGGCUGCUGGUGGGGAGUGGGUGAGUUGUGUUUAGUCUCUUUGCUAAAGAAAUUAGGCAAAGCUCAAAAAAGAUGUUUGGUGGCUAGUGCUGUGGCCGGGACCCUAUAUGUACUGAUGAUGAAGCUAGGUGCUGUUCUGAACAUUAUUUGUGGGUUAUUGAUAGUUUCAUUUUGUUACCGGUUCACCUUUUCCUUCCCCCCUUUAAACACACUGCCUAAAUCUCACAUAAAAACUUAAAUUAAUUAGCCACAAAUUAGCAACCCCCAUAAACACUAUGACCCUUGGAUUGGAGGCUGUUUCACUGUGUACACGUAUAUUGUGUCUGUCCCUAACAAAUAAAUUGUAAAUAAAUGCAAUGCCAUUUAUAUAAGUGAGGGGUUAAAGGAAGCUAGAACCAUAUGCACACAUUUGAUUCUUACAGUGUUUAAGGAAGUACAGAUUUAGAGAUUAUUGCAGCAUCUCAUUGUAUGUCAUACCAUUUAAAACUGAUUGUGGUAUUGGCCUUACUCUUGAGACAAAUACUCAGUUAUGUCUGCAGUCCCUCUCACCUGGAAGACACUGAAUUGUCCAUAAGAUUAAUCUAUAUGGACAAGUUUUGUGAGCGCUGCAGCACUUCAACAGCAGACGGGAAAGAGGAGUGUGUUGUCUGAGCAAUUAGCAACACAAGUUCAAAUAAACUAAGGAUAAAGGGUGUACUUCUUUUUUAUAGUCAAAAGUGUGGAUUCAUUUUCCCCUCAAAUUCAUUUUAGCCCCAAUCCUCCUCCGUGAAUCAUGUAAUCCUCACCCUCUUUCCUGUCUUGUGUGUCCUUGUGUUCUCUCAGGUCUGGCCCAGUGUGCAGAGCUGUGCUGGCAGCUCCGCGGUCAGGCUGACAGAAGGCAGGUCCCCGAGGCUAAAGUGGCCCUGCAGCACAACAUCGGCUUAGGAGGAGCUGUGGUGGUAACUCUCUACAGGCUGGGAUUCCCUCAGGAGGCCAGGUUAGAGAGAAGUACUUUCGUCAGUGCUAUUGAACACUGAAAAAUGUUCAAAAUGCUGAAUAAAAAGGGAAAAUCGAAACAACAAAAACACAACAAAACCAACAACACAUAACCCACCAAAGGAAAACAUACAAAAAGAAAACCAAUGAAAACUUUUUCAAGCUGUGAUUCUCCAGCAGCCCUGACUUCACCCACAAGGCUCAGUAACAAGUUUUCUAAAAACGGUCCACAGAAGAGAUUGAAUAAAAAGGAUUUAUUCCCCUGGGCUUAAAAGAAAACUUAAUAGUGAAUGAAGCAGGCACUGAUCUAGAUGCAGAGUUAUAUGAUUGAUCCAAAUGAUCUGAAUCCACAGACAACAAAGCCUGGAAGAAGAUCUUUGUUAAAAAGACCAGCAGGUACUUCAUCUUAAGUCCCAGCACAUACAUAUGUCCUAGAAUCAAUAUUUAGUGGACACUUCAAGUAUUGUCUCAGCUGUUGAGUCAUUGUGAUGUGAAUGAAAAGAUGAUUCAGCUGCAGCUUGACAUAAUGAAUAAAUAUCUGAGUGAGCUGGAUUCACGCAUAGACAGGCUUCAGGAGUUAAAUGAAGCCUGUGCAGGGGUGUUCCAGGUUGAAAGAUACAAUCUGAGUUUCAUUUCAGCUCCUAUUGUCUGCUGUUUUUUGCUGAAGAGAUAUUUGUUUACAAGUUUCACAAAAAAGAAAAUACAGAUUGUUCCCUAUUCUGAGACUGAGACCCCUAUCUGGUAUUCCCAGCAUCACCAGAUGUACUGCAGACCUGCAGCUGAACAGUUCUUUGCAUAUUUUUCUUCUCACCUCAUGCCCACAGAUAUUAGAUGGUUGUACCCUGGAACAAGUAAUGUUGCUUGCCUGCAUCAGACUCUGUGUGUGCUCACAUGAAAAGCCACUUCAUUUGUCUAACAGACAGGCACUUCUUCAGCCGGGCUGUUGAAAUAAGAAACAUUUAGGAAUACUAAGUCUCUUGCUGAAAAAAAAACACAGAAAAAAAAACAUUGGCUGCAGUUUAAAAACCGACUCCGAUGAAAAUCAAGUUUUUCUUGUUGGCUAUAUGUUCACACAGCAUUUUUCUGAUGCUACAGGACAUACAGUGGAUAUAAAAGGUCUACACACCCCUGUUCAACUGCCAGGUUUUAGUGAUGUCAGAAAAUGACAGCAAGAUAAAUAUUUCACAACUUUUUCCACCUUAAUGUGGCCUAUAACCUGUACAAUGCAACUGAAAAACAAACUGAAACCUUUAAGGGGAAAAAUAAAAAAUAGAAAAGUUAAAAUAACCUGUUUGCAUAACCCCCUCCCCCUAAAUUAAUACUUUGUUGCAGCACCUUUGGCUUUUAUUACAGCACUCAGUCUUUUUGGGUAGGAGUCUAUCAGCGUGGCACAUCUUGAUGUGACAAUAUUUGCCCACUCUUCUUUGCAAAACUGCUCCAAAUCUGACAGAUUGCGAGGGCAUCUCCUGUGCACAGCCCUCUUCAGAUCACCCCACAAAUGUUCGAUGGGAUUCAGGUCAGGGCUCUGGCUGGGCCAUUCAAAAGUCUCAAUCUUAUUCCGGUGAAGCCAUUCUUUUAUUGAUUUAGAUGUGUGCUUUGGGUCAUUGUUGUGCUGAAAGAUGAAGUUCCUCUUCACCUUCAGCUUUCAAACAGAAAGCCGAAGGUUUUGUACCAACACUGACUGGUAUUUGGAACUGUUCAUAAUUCCCUCCACCCUGACUAUGGCAACAGUUCCAGCUGAAGAAAAACAGCCCCAAAGUAUGAUGCUGCCACGACCAUGCUUCACUCUGGGUAUGGUGUCCUUUUGGUGAUGAGCAGUGUUGAUAUUGCGCCAAGUAUACCUUUUGCAAUGAUGCCCAAAAAGUUCAACUUUGGUUUGGGGGCUUAAAGAAUAAGAGGUAUGCUGCAGAGAAUUACCUGGAUUCAGGGACAAAAUAGACACCAAAAUGUUCACUUUUUUAAUCCAAAGGAAAGUGGUUAUUGUUGAAAAGGUCCUUGUGUGUAGUUCAUAUUUUGGUAUUAUAGAUUUUCCUCUGGCAGCUGUGUCAUCAUUAUCUGAUGUAGACUCAUGUUCAGCAUCGUUCAGUAUUCAGUAUUUUUCUGCUGUUUUACAAACUUGUUUUUUUUUUGUUAUUUUAAAGGAGACCCUCUGAGCUUUCAUUCAAAUUCAAUUUUGAGACACACACAGAAGUAACUUUGGCUUCUCAAGCUGUCAGUGACAUAUUUUUUCUAAAGUUUUCACCUAAAUUACAUUUCUUCUUUUAGCUCUGUGCCAUCUAGUAACAUCAGGGAAUACUCACAGGGCUCUAAGAUUUCAAGAAAUGUGUAAUCGUAGCACAGUGUGCUGCCAAGAAAUAACAAACCAAUACAGUGUGGGAAUGACCAAUCAGAUCCAAGUAUUUAACCCAGCUGUGUGGUGACUUUGUUUAGAGUCUCACAUGCUGCUGCCUCUGUGUCAGCCAUCAGGUUUUCAGAGUCAUUUUUCAUAGUGUGUUUUUCUCAUCUAGCUGCUUUGAUCUGUUUCUCUCAGGUCCCAUAUUGCUGCAGUGCCCACCAGCUCAGAUGGUGGUCUGGAGGGGUUCAAAGCUUAUCCUGUAUUCAAAGAGAUUGAGAAACAUCUACAGCAGGUAUGAAAACAUGUUAUGACCAGCUGCAGACCCACCCUCAUGUCUUCAUGAAGUUGUUCUGGGUUUGAUCUGUUGGGAAAUGUAUUCUCACAGUAGAUUAAUUGCAGCCAUGCUUCAGAUUUUCUUUGUCCCACUUUUCUUCCUCCCAGUCGUCCAAUUGUCUCGUCACAUAUAGGUAACCAUGAGCUCCACAAAGAUGUCAGACUGCUUUCACUUUUUUUGAUGGAUGUCUUCAUGGAAUAAUUUUAUCUUCUUUCAUUUUGGAGGCAGAGGGCAAUUUAUGCUUCUUCAAAGCUUUUGUAUCAGCAGCAGAUGCAUUCACUGACAUACCAAUUAAACUGUGAAUCAAUUAGAGCAUUAGGCAGACAGCUCCAGCUGUGACAUCCCACUACUGAGCCCACAAUCCUUUUUUUUACAAAACAUAGAGACACUUAAUUCCACUGCUACAAAGUGUUCACUAUAGUGACCAUUGUUAUUUCAUGAAAUGAACUAUAGAAAACCAACAAUAGAGGUGUGAGCUUUAUUUGUAAAGAAGAACAAGCACGGCACGUAGCCCUAUAAUACAAUGUAACAUCAUUUUCAAAAAACUUUUCUCACCUUAUGUUUGGAAACUUGUAUUAAAAGACUUUCAAUUUCAAUUAAAUGCAACAAAAAUGAUCAAGUCAAUUGCUAAAGCUUUUUCCAAUUCCAUCUGUUUUCUCCUCCAAUAAUGCACAAAACAUUUUCAAUCAAGGAGGCACACUUGAGCGUGUUUACACCGGGCAUUGAUUCAACUCAGCUCUAUUUUAACGUACUUAAUGGCACCUUUCAAACACAAAAGAACAAAAAGCUCCUUUUCAGUUGAAGGCACAACAAAGACAAGUUGUGUAAUGUUCAAACAGAUCAACUUUGUUUUUUUUGUUUUUUUGAGUUGGAUGCCUGCAACAUGUUCCAAAAAUCAAUAAACUUGAUCAGUUUGAAGAAUAACUAUCUUGUCUUUGAAGUGUAUUCAACUGAGGAUAGGUGGAAACAGAUUUGCAAAUCAUUGUAUUCUGUAAUUAUUCAUGUUUACACAGCGUCCCAACUUGGGGGUUGGGGUUGGGGGGUCAGCUGGUGAACAAUCUGAAAGUGGUGAACUGGUAACAAUUGUCAGAAAGCUGCAGAGAUACAUCACCACUAAGUUUGGACACCUCAAACUCUCACUGUGAAUAUGACGUCAGAGUCACACACUGACAGUUGACUGCACAUGCACAUGUUAAGGUGGCGUUACUCAAACAGUGUAUGCUGCAGCCCUUAUUUACGUGCUCGCUCUUUCGUUCCACUCCAGAUUCUGCACCACAGCUGUUGGUUUUUACAAUAAAAACAAUCUAUGUGGUGAUUUGCAUUCACAGCGGUUAAAGUGAGAUCCAAUCACAAGUGGUCUCUGGGCACCUGUGAAAAUACAUACUUCACAUGUAAACUGAUGCUCCCAGAGCCCUCCACUUAGGAUCAUAUUACCCAGGAGGCUGCAUUUUAAUUCGAGAUGUAAACAUGACCUUUGUCAUGAAUGAUGUCAGCAACCCAAACAGCGUCAUAAUAAAGUGUAUGUGCAUAUUUUUAAAUGCCUCAAGCGACAAUCAUUGUUAAAUCAGAGAAAAAGACCACUUGUAAACCAUUUGUCCCUGUGUUAUUGAUUGUUAUUGAUUUGUAGUUGUAACCUGUGAAGAUAGUCAUUUUACCUGAAUAAUGUGUGGGAGCAGUUAUGUCAGAGUGGUUAGUUGUUGCUGAAAUGCCUGCAGGCUCCCAAUGGCAUAUGUUUAUGAGGGAUACAGUGUUUCUAUUGAUUGCAAUUGUACUCAGGCCGACAUUAAGUGUAUGCUGCCAUGCAAAACACAUUCUAGCUUGAUUGAAGGUUUGCAGGGGGCCUUUUACAUUUUCUGAGAACAGACAGGGUUGUUAUGUACUUUGUUAAUUUCUCUCAGUGAUUUUGAGAGGGAUCUGGCUGAAGACCUCCACUGUUACCUGAGGUGACAAUGUUUUUCAUGUACUCCAGUUUGUUUGAAGUGGUCAUCCUGUUUUGUAUUUAGUAUUUAUUAAAGACAUGAAUACACAAAAGUCAUAUUAACAUUAUAUACAUAUAAUAAAGCCCAAAGAAAAAGAUUAUAAUCACACGAGACAAAAAAUACGUACUUCCAGGUGGAGGUGGGUCCUCUCAGUGGAGAUCUGCAGCUAGAUUAUCUUGGCCAUUUUUGUUAUUUUCUUGUUUGGAUUUUUGUUGUGAAUAUGAGACUAUGUCUGCUGCUUGAGUGAGUCCACAGAAUAUUGUUGGGGAGUUUUUGGUAAGAUGACAAUGAUGUUUUGAUGAAGAUAAGAUCCACUUCAGAACCGGGAGUGAGUCAAGAUGUGCUGAAUUUUGUACAUGUACAUGCACACGUUCCCUUAACAAUGUAUCACUGAAGUAUUUGAUUUGAAAUGUGGAGGCUUUUUUCUCCUUUCCAACUCUGCAACAUAAAAAGGUCCACAACAUGGGACCCAAUGCUCAUUUAACUCUCUGCAGGAAGGAGAGCAGCUUGUCAAAAAGGUCGGUGGAGUGUUUGCUUUCAAAGUGAAGGAUGGACCUGAUGGAAAAGAGGCCACCUGGAUCGUGGAUGUGAAAAACGGCAAAGGUUCUAUCUCCAAUGACCCAGGUAAGGAUCCAAAAUUAAUGCUCAUCCCGAAGUUUUGGACAAUAUCUUUCUACAUAAAUACAUAUAUGUGUAAGAGGUUUUAAACCAUGUCACCAGUAAAUAUCAACCAGUAGUUCAACAGGAUGAAUCAAACCAGUUAAAGCUCCUGUGGGAACCUUUCAGCUUAUGUCAACUUUGGCGCCCCCUGUGGACAACGCAGUUAUUCACCCUCCACAUACUUGAGUUGUGUCCUCUGGCAUUAAUUCUCCUGCUGCUGACUUUUAAAAUUAAAAAAAUUACCUGAAAUAUAUAAACAGCUGCUGAACUGACUCCUACCCCCUCACAAAGGAUUCAUACAUUCAAAAUUAAUGUCAAAUAUAAAAAAAAAUCAUUCAGUCAUGUCAGCGAUGGUCUCAUUUGCUUUGCUGUUUCAUAAAAAGACAUCAGUGUAAAUUUCAGCCUAUUUUAUUAGAAAAAAAAAACACAUAGGAGCUUUAAAGGAGCAGGGUUUAGAAGUGGAAGUAGAAGUUUGUAAUCCAUUAGUAGCUACUGUAGAGACAUGGUUGUAACCUUUGCAGAGGGGUACCUUUUUUCUGUGGAUCAAACAGGCUCAUUCAGAGUUAAAAAAUAGUACUUAAUGUAAUGGCUUUUAUAAUUCUGUGAUUAUACACUGAUAUGAACAGUAAUAUAUUUAUAUUUUAUUCCAUUUCCACCAAGUUUGUCCUACUAAAUGCUGCGCAAUACUACAUCCUGUACUUUGGAAAGAGUGGCCUAGUGGGGUGCCACACCUCAUUUACAAAGGCUAAUAGAGGGAGGAAGCAGCCCAGAUCUACAUCAUUACCCACUCCGUCUGUCAUCAUAGCCCAAAUUAAACUCAUCAAACAAACGGCUCAGUUUUUGUGACCACUUUUGACUUAUGAACAGGUGUUAAACAUAAAAAAAAAAAAAACAGAUCAAGACCUCUCCCUGUGUUUGAAAAGAUGUACUUUAAACAUCUCUAGAUGAGCGGAGGACUCAGUAUGGCAGACCUCUUUUGUGUAACGCUUACGUCAACCUCCCUUUGAUGCUUUAAAGAAUAACGGUAAUUACUAUGUUAUGUGAAUUAUAAAGGUAGCACCUUUUUUAUCCCUCCUAUUUGGAAUUCAUUGAAAAUUGACUUUCAAGAAAACACAAGAAGUGUAAUGACAUCGUUGGGAUGGAAAAAACACAAAAGGUGACUUUGAAAAGAAGUCUGCAGCGUUCUUUAAAACUCUGCAAGGACUCUCUCCUUGAUCUUUUACACACAAAGACUUUGUCACUUUGACUUAAAUCCUUAGCACACAAGCUGUAUUGUGACACAGAGGAAAAAUCUUGCUUCUUUCAGCACUUUUCUACACAACCGUUUUUUUUAGCACUGUAAACACACAAACAAUAGUUUUUGUGUUCAUUGAACAUGGACUGGAUUUAUUCACUGUGCCUUUUUCUUGCUUAACAGAGGACACACACAUUUUUCCACCAUGUUUUUGUGCUUGUAAGACUUUUUUUUUCCUGUGUCGAGGCGGAUCACAUUCCAUACAUCGACUUCUUCCCUCUCAAAGAGUUUUCGUAGCUUUUCUCCUGUAUUGACUCUGCUAUGUUUUGUUAUAUUUGUUUUGCUUAAAGAAGUUGGACUCUUGUGUAGCAGUCAGAAAGAAAGACUGUCCUGAGUACAUCACCAUGGGAACUUGUGCUUUGCUGCUAACUGGCAGGAUAUAGUCAUGACAACAGAAUGACUUGAAUAGGACUACUACCCACCAAUUACUUCUUCCACUUCUGGAGUUUACGAGAGCAUUCAGUUACCAGAAAAACCCUUUUACUCCCCCUCAUAAUUAUUCAAUUCACAAGCAAUUCUUUCAGAACAGGGACUUAAUGGAGGCACAGCAGUGUUGCUCUUAUUGCUCCUAUAGGAAAGUAGCUGUUUGGACUAUUAAAUUGUUUUUAUAUAUUUAAUUCCUUUUGCACCCAUGUCUGUUUGCCUCCACAGACAUUAUACCGUAAAGUAUAAGUCUUUUACUCUGUGUGUGGAUGCAAUGAGAUAAUUACCCCUUCAUUUAAUUGACUACACAAAUGAAGCUAUUGCAAGUUCUGAUUGAGCUCUUAUGCUUAACAUUCAUAUUGUAGAUGGGCUUUUUAAAAUCUGAUAACUGAAUAGGGUCUAAGAUAUGUCAAACUUAAAUAUAGUUAAAAUGCAAAGACCUAGGCAUCAAUAUAAUGUCGUGGCAAUUUGUCUCUCAUGAGUCACAAUGUUUCAUUGUCUGCUGUCUGACUGAUCAAGGCCCAACCUACACCGUAAAGCCUAAACCCCGAGGCCUCACAGACUUUCUUGACAUCAGGCUUUUACAUUGGUUAGUAAAUUGAGUUGGGCUGUCUUUUCUGCCUCUGGUUCUUACUUAUUCCUCAUUUCAAUAUCAUUAUUUUUGGAGACUAGAACAAGAAAAAUAUCAAAAAUGCCAAAUACAAGCACUGUGACAAAGAUUGUUUACUUUUUUUCCUUUAUUGACUAGGUUGUCACUGAUGUCUCUUUUGCUGUUGAGCUAUAAAAACCACUGUGAUGAAGCUUUGACCAAUUAGAAUCAAGUAUUCAGCACAGUCACACAUGCAAUCUGUGAGCUAAUGAGUGAGGAGAUGAGUGAGGAGAUUGGCAUUGCACCACUCUGUUUUGGCUGUCUCACUGUGUAUUGGUUCGUCUACUAAUCAAUGAAAACUCAUUAAUGAACCAUUUGAGGAAGUGCUUGCAAAAACUGUAUUUUUGAAAAUCUUUUUAUUACUUGAAGAUGGAUCAAGCUGCUGCUGCACUAGACAUUGGAACAUGUGGCUCAUUAAAAACACACUUCAGGUAAAAAAGCAAUCACACAGUCUGUAAUAGACCAACCUCCUGUCAUUCAGUUUGAUGCCUGAAGCAUUUUCUGAUAUCCUUGAUAUGCCGGAGGCAAAGGUCAUGUCAGAUAAGGUGUGUUCUGCCUUCAUGAGCUGAUUAGGCCUCAAUACACACACAGAAAUACACAGACAUACACACACUCACACACAAAGAUACCUUCCCUCACUGUCUCAUAAAUAGCUCCCCGACUGUUUCCAUUAGGGCUCUUCUCUCGUGAUGUUUACUGGAACUAAGCCAUUAUCUCUGAAGUAACCCCUGCCACUCCACCCCAAUGAAUGUUCCAGAGAUAGAAAGUAAUUUUCAGGAAAUCUUGAUUGAUUGAUGGGUGUUUUUGUUUUUAUGAAAAUACUUUGUACCUAUUUGCAAUUAUGAACACAAUAGUAAUACAGAGCACUGACAGGAGUGAAAAAAGGUAACCACAACUGAACUCUUACAGUUAAAUGAUUGUAUUCUUUGGAUAACGAAACACAAAUGCCCACUUUUAAAGAUGACUUUGAAGCAACUGACCUUGAUAAUUUAGUGAAAGUGUGGGAUUCUGUUUUAGGCUGUGGACACUGCUCACCAAAAGUCAAAUAAAAUCUCUUUAAAGCAGCCUGUAUCUAUAAUUAUAAAAUAGUAAUCAUAAUGUGAUCUUCAUCUAUGAAUGUAAUCUUGAAAGAAAUGACAUGAACAGUGUAAACAUGAAUUCUAGUUGUAAAGAAUGAUUAGAUCAUGAAAAUAGGCAAAAAACAAAACAACAAAAACAAAAAACAGUCAUUUCAGGUUACAAGGGGCAUUCAUGAACCUAUCCAAAACAUUAUAUCAGGUAGUCGUGAUUUAAGUCUUGGAAUUUAAUUGGAGUUUGUGAAUAUUCUAGUAAAUUCUGCUAUGACUGUCUCCAUGGUGACUUUCAAUUUUCUAACUUGAUUUGAGGGGUCCCUCAAGGCUCAAUCCUCAGUCCUCAUUAAUUCACUAUUUAGAUAAACUGUCUUUUUCCACCAACAUUUUUAUACAUAUUUUUAUGCAUAUGGUAAUAUCUCAUGUACCAGUUUAGGCCUGUAUGAAAAAAAUACACAUUCUAUGUGCAGUUAAAUUGGUUAGUAUUUCGAUAACUUUGUGACAUGUGGUACAUAAAUAUUUGAGAGUAAGUGUUUCUGUGUCAUGUCAGUAAAAACAAAAUUUGAUGGAAACCAGUUUUAGAGUUUUUAAGUAAGAUAUUAUCUUGCCAGAUGCAGGAUUUCACCUGCUUUGUGUCACCUUUGUUGUGUUUGUUUGUCUCAUGAUGUGCCAUAUGGUUUCAACAGUUGACAAGUAUGGACUGCUGGCAAGCCAAAAUAUUGUAAUAUGUGCAGAAUGUGGUAUGGCAUCUUCUUGCUGAAAUAUGUGAUAUCUUCCUGAAAAGGCAUUGUCUGGAUGGCAGCUUAUGUUACUCCAAAACUUGUAAUUCCUGUACAUACUGUUAUCAUUGUAGCACCUUCCCCUUUGCGCAAGCCCCUAUGCAGUGCCACCUAAAUUUCUCCAGAUUCUCUUUUAAUAUUCUUUGCUGUAGAUGAUGAAAUCUUCUUUUUUUUUCUUCAAUGUUGCAUUGAGGGACAUAAUUCUGAAAUGAUUAACUAUUUGCUCCCACAGUUUCGCACAGUGUUGUGAAACUCCCUCCCAUCUUUACUUCUGUGAGAAUCAGCCUCCCUGAAAUGCCCUUUUUAUACCUAGCCAUGUACAUAACCUGCUGUAAAUAAUUGUAAUUAGUUGUGAGACAUUCCUCCAGUUGUGUUUUGAAGCAUUAAUUAAUUUUUCAGUUUUUUGACCCCAUAUGAGUCUAUUUUAUAGAUAAAAUUAGCACAUAUUUUUUAAAUAAAAAGGGAUGGGUUUUUUUCUACCUUUUUUUUGGUCUGUUUUAAUGACAUUUUUCAUGAUGUUCCAGCUUUUAUGGAACUAGGAUUUUAACCAAAAAGCAUUAUUUUUCACUACUACCACACUAUCAACAUUAAUCUGAAUAGUAGCUGCAUCCAAAUGUUUUGAAAGCAUAACUGUUCAACCUUGGCCUCCAUCUAAAUUGUACAAAUGCAAAGUCAGAGAGUUUAAAUACAAAAUUAUGCAUGUAUUGCCAUCUCUUUUGUACGCUUCAAGUACAAGUGUUGCACAUAUUUCCUGAACAUGGUACAGCCUUCAAUGCCGCUGCUUUGGGAUGAAUCUCAGAUGACUCUUAUCAAAGCUUGUUUUGGCUCUGUGGUGGUGACAGCCUUUGAAUUUGGCACAAAAUAUAGUCUUUGGCUUCAGAAUUAAUUUAUUAGAUUUGGCUUCAAAUGGUUAGGUCUCGACUGCCUCAGGGUAGGAUCAUUUUGGAAAAUUUUAUAUUCAAGUAAUGAUUGAGAAAGUUCCAAUAUGUCAUUAUUUUGGCCACCUUUGAUUAAAAAAUGGAAAAAUCUUUCCCCAACUCUCCCUCUUUGGCUCUUGUUCUUUUCCCUGUAGAGGGCUUCAUGAGUUGUCACACUGGAGAGAGAACAGAGAAAGAAAUUAUAUCUGAUGUUAUGAACUUGCUAAAUGAUAGUAAUGCUUCCCUCGUUUAAUGCAGACCUAUUUAUGUAUUUUUUUCUAAUGGUAAUGUAUCUUUUGACCUACUUUCCCAGUCCAAAUCUAUACCCAGUCUGCAGCAUCAUUACAGGUUUACUGUUCAUCUGCAUGUUCGGUAAUAAAUGCAGCUGUCUAUAGUGAAUGAUAUCCAAACAUACAUUUCCCCUGCACCAGGAGAUCAUGCUAAAACCUAAUCACAUCAGCGGCUUGAUGCAGCAAAAUUUCCUCUAACUCAUCUUAUAUAAGAAAAUCCUAGUUGUCUUUUUGCCUUGAAAAGGAACCUUAAGUGUCAGCUUUCACCUGCAGCUCUCCUACAGCUUAGAGUCGAGCACCAACAUCGUUGUCUUUAUCCUGUCAACAUUUGAAAACAAUGCCAGAGUCAGACGGAGGAAUAAUGUCAAAGCAAGACCUUUGGAGCUCUUCGUGGUCAGCAGAUUUGACUAUCAUAAUGGUCUUUUCACUGAGCUUUCACAACAAGCUUUUCAGCAUUUCAAGUCUGUUGGAAUCUUGAGAAAAACAGAGAAAAAUGACCACAUUGCUCCAGUUUUAAAAUUCUUACACUGGCUACCUCUUCAUAGGCGAACUUGUUUCAAAAUUUGGUGUGGGAGUUUCUCUGUGGCUUCUUACAGAUCCCCUCUGGUGACACCGGAGAAAAAAAAAUUAAUGCGAGGCCACGAGUUAGUGUCUCGUGGCCACGAAAAUGUUAAUGCGUGGCCACGAGAGAAUUCAAAUUAAGUAGCGGGAUCUGCCAGGGGGAUUUAGAGGAAGUUUGUUUAAUUCUUGCAGCUCUGGACCCUAAUGCCUCAGCCAUCCAUCUAUCCAGGACACUAAAUCUACCCUCAUUCAUUCAGCAUUACCAACACUGACAUGUCUGGCUUCACGUGGUCCAGUGUCCGUGUGAACUUGAGUCAAUGCAGGUGUCGAUCUAAGGGACUAAUCGAGUUUACAUUUACAGAGUUCGGUAAAGUUGGAAAGAUAUUCAGAGACCCGGACUUCUGGGAUCAAUAACUCUGAGGCGAAAUGUUGUCCACACACAAAUGAUCCCUCUUUCGCGCGGUAAUAGCACAGACUACUAGCUACAAGAAUCAAAAACUGUCUUGUUACAAAAACAAGCCGUUCUUGGAGCUGGAUGAAUAAUAUUGAUCUCUUUGUACAGCCAGUAGCCGGGUGAGUGCGCAGGGAACGUCUCACAGUACAAGAGCAAGACCCUGCAAACAGAAAUCAAUAGCUCUACUGUCAUACAGUACAGAGACUCCUUGGUGUGUGUGGUGAUUUUGGAGUCUCUUUACUGUAUAACAGUGGAGCUAUUGAUUAAUAUUGGAAGAUGUUAAUGAUUAUGAUUGUAGAAGACUAGAUCUGACUUUGACCACAUUUUAGACUUCAUUCUUACUAUCUUAAUUUCUGUCCACUGAGCUGCACCCUAUCACAGCAGAUACAUCUGUUACUCACUAUUACCUCUAAUACAUAAACAUUACCUCAUUAACAGACUAGAGAAAGCCGUGUAGGCUUUAUUAAAAGUUCAAUUUAAAUUCAGCAGACAGAGUUUCAGGCUGCUGGAUUUUAACAUCGCUGUACUUGUUCAUGCUGAGUUUGGAAAAAAUAGGUUCAGCAACCAUGCUGCAAACAGAUUUAUUACAAAGACCCUUAAGGUUUUCAUUUCUUAUACUGGGCAUUAUUUAUGUAAAAGCGCUUCCUUUGUCUAUGCUUAAAUGGAACAAAAGCCACUCUUGGAUUUUUCUGCAAUAAAGAAAGAGUUUAUGUAAAAACCACAGGCACAUACAAGCAGGUAUUGAAAUCUGUCAUGAUAAUAUAGUCUUAAAGCUUGAACAAAGGUUGUGUGUCAAUGGCGAAAAGAUUAUAUAUUCCUUUAUCAAAGUGGUAGAGACCUCUUGUGCUGAAAAACUCGAUAAAACCAAUAGUGAAUCAGAAAAGAUGAGUCAUAAAGCUUUUCAGAUUGUUGUUUUAGAGAAAGGAGCUUCCGUUGCUGACGCACACGUUUCUAUACAAGUGGGGAGUCAGAUAAAUGCCAAGUGUUUGUUGUUCAGAACAGUUAUAUAAAAAAUGACAAGCAUCUUUCUCAUAUGUGAUUUGAUUCAUGUUUUUUCCCCCCAUAAAUGUAUCAAGAAAAGCAAUUUACUGUAAGUGAAAUACAUUUGUUGUUUUUUCCUUUAAGGUACAAAGGCAGACUGCACUGUAGCCAUGAGUGAUGUGGAUCUUCUGGAUCUGAUGACCGGAAAGUUGAACCCACAAACGGUGUGUAUUUAUUAAUUUCAGCUUUCACACAUAAAAUAUGUGACAGGAAAUAUAAAAGACCUUCCUUCAUUGACUCUAAAAGUAAUACAUUUAUAAAAGUCUCCUGAUAUGUUGGUUUUGUAACUUAAUGGUAUCCAUAUUUCUUCUUAUUUACCACAACCACUUUCACAGCUGCAGCUCAGAUAAUAAAGUGGACAUAGACACAGGGAUACACUGUGGUUUUUAACUGGCUUUUAAAAAGCUACUAGCAUCAAGAAACCUGGAAAAGGUUAGAUCUCAGUUAUGAUAUGUAAACCCACAAGUGCACCGCUCAUUUUAUCUAAGUUGAAGCUUAGAUAAAAUGAUCUCAGCUGCAGUUAUUAAAGGAUCUGUUUGGGGCUUUGACGUGUAAUUCUGGAGACCUUUUUACAAUCAGUAGUUGUAAAUCAGUGAAAUCAGUAGGACUCUUUCAGGCAGCGUUAAAUAUGUCAAGAAAUUUUAAAUCAGUUUUAGUCAUUUUCACAAAAUUGUUGUUAAUUUUAGCUGCAUUUUAGUCCAUCUGUCUUGUGUUUGUUUUAGUCAAGAUUUGGUCAGAGGCAGUCAGUUUUCAUUUUAGUCUAAUUUCAUUCAGCGUCAAAACUUUUCCAGACAGUUUAAUGAUCUUUGUUUGAGAAAGAUAUGUUUAAGAAUAGUACAAAUUUGAGUGUAAAUUAAAAAGAUUAUUAUAUAUAUAUAUAUAUAUAUGGUCAUCUUGGCUGAAAAUGUGUUUCUAACUUAAACUUCCUUGUAAAAUUCUCCUUUCACUACUCCAUUCAACUGCUUUUUUUGCAGAAUAACUCGGGUCUGUAUAUGAAUCUGUUAAAAUCACAGGUUAGAUUUUAGGAGGAGGAAGUUGACACGUGCUAUAAUCUAACUUGGCUUUGCUUAAGUAAACAAUCAGACAUUUAGCAACUCAUUCUGAUCACCAGUAGGUGUAAUGUUGAGUUUUGUGACCUUGUCAAAGACUGCUAUCAUAGAGCUAACUAACCUGCGCUUGUGAUGCUAGCUACCUGCAUGACUAUUGUUUACCUUUUUGUAGAAUAGCUGAUAGUUACAUGUUUGACUUUUCAAUACAGAUUGUGAAAAAACUUCUUACCGGCAUGCACAGGUUGGAAAAUCGUCUAAUGACAAUAAAGUAAAUGGAGACAAUUGAUACCAGUGCACUUACACACAUAAAUGAUUGUUAGAAAAAAAAGAGUAUCUGUUAUUAUUUUUGACAGCAAAGUUAACACUGCUCACAGGAGGAGGACUGCAUUUCCCAUGAGCAUUAUCUCUGCCUGUCAUAGAGAUGCCAUGUGUGCAUGUAACAUGGAGGCGAGUGAAUAGAGUAGAGAUCAUUUUUUGUUAUACUACUUUGAUUUGUUCAUGACUUUUCUGGGAUGCAGAGGAAUUAGGUAGUGUGCUGACUUGGAGCUAUAAAAAAACAGUCAAACUUAACCCUUCACAGCCUGGUGUCAUGAUGUUGCUCUGGUGUAGUAAUAAAUCUCAGAAUAACAUAAAUAUGCACUCUCAAUGUUUUGCUCUUGAACCCAGCAAAGUCCUGGUUGUGGAGUUUCUUCCACCAAAAAUGUGCAUAUGUUAAUAAUCCUACUUCAUGAGUGUAGAACAUGGUGUUAAAACAAAAUUAUCAAAAGAUGGAAAAAAUCCUCUUGUUUGCUGGUUUACUUCUCUGCCAAACUUAACCAAAUAAGUCCUGUACACAGACACUUCCUGGUGAGUGCAAAAUAUUGACUCAGCUGUGUUAGUUGGAAAUCUAAUCCCAUCACAGGCACCAAAAUCCAGUACUCCCUGGUGUUAACUUCAGGGAGAACUCACAGCCUCUGCUUGGUUUUGAUUUUUAAGGUGGAGGAGCACAAUGAGCACUAACUAAAUCUUUGCAACGACUUGAAUUUGACAGGCUCCCUUACCUGAGAUAGAGGAGAAAAUAACCAUUGCUAUUUCGUCUUCACUUAAGUUAUAGUGUAAUCCUCUCUCAUGGUCGAUAAUGUUUACAGCUCUCUCUCUCAUGCUCUCUACCACUUAUGUCUGUCCCCUUCCUGCUGUUCCCUGCUCUGUCUACUACUGUUUUUUUCUGUUCUUAAAGUGAUCAACAGGAUCAUUACAAAAUGUCAUUAACAACUUUUUUUAAGUUCUAAAAAGUUGAAUAUUGGUAGAGAGUAAUGGGCCUCAUUCACCAACAUUUUUCUAAAGUUGCAGUGAGUAGAAAUGGGGCUAUUUAGUCAUAGAACACAACCAGUGUAUCAGCUCUCAACUGUGCACAGAGCAUUCAGGACAGGUUGUUAGAAGAUUGGUGCUACAUUAGCUCUGCUCUCUUAAAAACACUUCUCACUGCGGGUCAGUUAAAGGUCUUCGGUCCAUGAAACCAUCUCACUGCCAGUUGAGUGGUUUAAGAAAUCCAUUUGUAAGUAACAAACCUAUUUUUGUAAAACUGAUCAAAUUCCUCCUGGCCUCUGUGUCCUCAGGCAUUCUUCAAAGGGAAGCUGAAGAUCACAGGAAACAUGGGCAUGGCCAUGAAGCUGCAGAACCUCCAGAUCUCACCUGGAAAAGCCAAACUGUGAGAAUCGAGGACAGAUUUUGAUCAUCUGAAGGAACAUCAAAACAUAAUCCCUCUUUUUGAAUUUACUGAUAAUUUUCUGAUCUUUGGUCCAUAAAGUUUCAGUUCCAGCUGCUACUUUAAAAUCACACUGCAAAUUUUAUGGACAGUUGUUAACAUUAGAUCUUACUGAUCUGAUUCCAUUUAACCUGAUUGAAACAAAGGUACAUCCAGUGAGUCUCAAAGGGGGUUGAAUAUCUGCAAAAUCACUGCAAAUGACACAGAAGUGUAAUUUUUUCCCCCUGUUUGAUUGAUUUUAUCUCUCUCUCCAAACACUUGAUGUGCCUUUAUUGUUCUCUGUAUAGCAUAUAAUUUUCUAUAAUUAAUCAUGUGAUAUACAGCUGCUUGACUGCAACCACUUUGAUAGAUAACUUUAUAUAAAAUAUGCAACAGUAAAUGGAGGGAAUGAACUGAUUUCCAAUAAUAAAGUAUUGCUAACAUUUCAGCAUAUCGAGUCCUUUCAGUAAACACACCUGUCAUUUAUUAUAAGGGACUAAGAGACUGUGUUUUCUUAUAAGCACAGGUCUGAGUUUUAACACCUAAUGUGGUGAUAAGUGAUGAGUCUAAGAAAUCAGUAGAGGCCUAAACACAAUAACAAGAAGUACUCAUUCAUUUUUUUAGCCUGCAGCCUUUUAAAGAUAACGAUUUAUUUUUCUAGAUGUUGUUAUAAAUAUGGAGAACAUCACCUCAAGUAUUGACUAACAGCAGACCCCGAGUGUAACAAAUUGAAAUUAAACUGUGAAUAAAUCAGCAAACUCCUGUCUAAUUGUUCAUCAUGUGCAUGAAGGAUUUGUUAAUCAUCUGUAGCUCAGCUCACAUCAGACUGGAUAGAGAAAGGCUGGGAUGCUGGGAUGUUAGGGUUGAGAAAGUGCUUUUAAAAUGCUUCUAGCUAACAGUAGAAAACAGCAUUUGUACAAAAACCCAGUUCCAUUGAAGUUGAGUUGUAAAUAAAAACAGAAUACAAUGAUUUGCAAAUCCUUUUCAACCUGUAUUAAAUUGAAUACACUACAAAGACAAGAUAUUUAAUGUUCAAACUCAUAAACUUUAUUUUUUUUUGCAAAUAAUAAUUAACUCAGAAUUUCAUGGCUGCAAUAUGUGCCAAAGUAGUUGGGACAGGGGGCAUGUUUAUCACUGUUUUACAUCACCUUUCCUUUUAACAACACUCGAUAAACGUUUGGGAACUGAGGAGACUAAUUGUUGAAGAUUUGAAGGUGGAAUUCUUUCCCAUUCUUGCUUGAUGUACAGCUUCAGUUGUUCAACAGUCCGGGUCUCCGUUGUCGUAUUUUCCGCUUCAUAAUGCCACAUUAUGGGAGACGGGCCUGGACUGCAGGCAGGCCAGUCGAGUACCCGUACUCUUUUACUAUGAAGCCACGCUGUUGUAACACGUGCAGAAUGUGGCUUAGCAUUGUCUUGCUGAAAUAAACAGGGGCGUCCAUGAAAAAGACGUUGCUUGGAUGGCAGCAUAUGUUGCUCCAAAACCUUUAUGUACCUUUUAGCAUGAAUGUUGCCUUCACAGAUGUGUAAGUUACCCAUGCCUUGGGCACUAAUGCACCCCCAUACCAUCACAGAUGCUGGCUUUGCGUAGAUAACAGUCCGGAUGGUUCUUUUCCUCUUUGGCCCGGGGAACAUGACGUCCACUAUUUCCAAAACAAUUUGAAAUGUGGACUCGUCAGAACACUUUUCCACUUUGCAUCAGCCCAUCUUAGAUGAGCUUGGGCCCAGAGAAGCCGGCGGCGUUUCUGGCUUUGCAUAGUUGAGUUUUAACUUGCACUUACAGAUGUAGCGACAAAUUGUAUUUACUGACAGUGGUUUUCUGAAGUGUUCCUGAGCCCAUGUGGUGAUAUCCUUUACACAUUAAUGUCAGUUUUUGAUACAGUGCCGCCUGAGGGAUUGAAGGUCACGGGUAUUCAAUGUUGGUUUCUGGCCGUGCUGCUUACGUGCAGUGAUUUCUCCAGAUUCUCUGAACCUUUUGAUGAUAUUAUGGACCGUAGAUGUUGAAAUCCCUAAAUUCCUUGCAAUUGUACUUUGAGAAACGUUGUUCUUAAACUAUUCGACUAUUUGAUCACGCAGUUGUUCCCAAGGGUUGAACCUCGCCCCAUCCUUGCUUGUGAAUGACUUUGAGGAAGCUGCUUUUAUACCCAGUCAUGGCACCCACCUGUUCCCAAUUAGCCUGCUCGCCUGUGGGAUGUUCCAAAUAGAUGUUUGAUGAGUAUUCGUCAAAUUUCUCUGUAUUUUUUGCCACCUUUCCCAACUUCUUUGACACGUGUUGCAGCCAUGAAAUUCUGAGUUAAUUAUUAUUUGCAAAAAAAAAAUAAAUAAAGUUUAUGAGUUUGAACAUCAAAUAUCUUGUCUUUGUAGUGUAUUCAAUUAAUAAAGGUUGGAAAGGAUUUGCAAAUCAUUGUAUUCUGUUUUUAUUUACGUUUAUCACAAUUUCCCAACUUCAAUGGAAUUGGGUUUUGUAUUUCUGAUUCAAAUACAGUUAAAAUUUGGUUAGACUCUAUGCCGCGGGCCACCAUUGUUUACAAGCUUGUUGCUAACACAACUAGACAUGUCAUUAUUCUUUCUUUCUUUUUAAAUUGGCCACUGAUAGAUUUAAAAGCAUCAUCUAAAAGAUCAGAUAGAAGUGACUGUCACAUGCCUGUGACUACUGCCUCUCUCUCCUGAAAUAACACUGAUUGGUCCAGUGGUUCUCUCACUGGGAACAAGCACAUCAGCCCGUCUGCCUGUUUUGCAGAGUUUAAGUCAGAAUUCUGAAAAGACGUUUUUAAGUGGCCCUUAUCCUCUUCUGUAGGAAGCAAUGCCUCUGAACAAUCUCAGACAGAGUUAUAACUCAAGGCCUGUUUGAAGUCAGUCAUUGAUUAUUUAAAAACAAUUCAUUGAUAAACUAGAUGGAUUAAAGAGUCACUUAUUGCUUUGAUAUAUCUAUCAGCGUCUAAAUUUUGCAUUACUCUUCUAAACUCAAAAUAUGCCAUCAUUAGUCUGACUUCAAACCAUUUUCUGUUUUGGCGUUCAACUUCAUGAUAUAUGAGAUGGAUGACUUUGUUUGGUAUGUAGCCUUGUCGCUUUGGUAACGCAGUCAGAGUUUGCUCAUUGUUGAGUGGAAGGAGAAAAGAAGAGAUAACAAAUUAAGUGUCUGAGGAGAAAGAUUUAAAGGUGAGGGACUGAAUAUGUAAAGAGAGAAAAAUCCCAGUGUGACCCUAACUUCAGGCUGUUCAGCUGAAUAUCACAGUUGAAGAAAAAGCUUGUUGAUACUUUUCUUUCUCUCAAGUGCUCACACAUGAUUGAUGGGUUCCCAUGGUGGUCAAGGUCUGCUUAUACAAAUGAGACAGACAGCGCCGGUUUUUGCAGCAGGUUUUUUUGUUUGUUUGUCUUGCCUGUCACCUCCUGGCUAGUGUUUUACAUGCCAGGCCUGCUGCAGGGAUGGUGAGGAUAUGAGAUAGCUCAUCCCUCAUUAACUCAGGCUAGUUGGUAUGACAGCUCACAGCAGACAAAUGUGCAGCAUGAUAAAUUACCAACAACGCAAUUCAUUUGCAACCAAUUUUGUCUUUUUUUCUGCCAACAAUGUCAAUAUAUUCAAUACGUUUUUUAAAUGAGUUUCCAAUCAAGGUUACAGAAAUAUGUUGACCAGUCCUGACAAAUCUGCUUUCCACUUCAAUUUGAUGUAUGAGCUCAAAGUCUUUUCUAUUCAGUGCAAAUAAAAAAAAUAAAAUAAAAUACAAAACAAAAGCACAUUUUGUUGAAUUUUUGCAGUCCAUGUGCCCUACUUCCUUUUAUUCCUGAGUUGACCCCUGCCCUCUGCCUGUUAACCCACCCUGCCCUCCUCUGUGGACCUUGCCAGAUCCAGCCUGUGUUCCUCUUCCCUUAUAUCCGGCUCACUCCUUUGGCCCUUCCCCCUUUCUGUCCCUCUGCCAGGUGUCCAGCUGGCCAAACGCUUACAUUCAGAUGCUGCCCAAGCUGCAGGGCUGGCCUGUUUCACUGACCAUUAGCAAUGGGCAAAUGGGUCUUUAGGAUGUAGACUGUAACAAAUACUGUGUGGGUAUGGUUAAAUGAGGUGACACAGUGUUGCGUUGCCUCAAGUCAACUUAGGAAACUUUUUUGUGCUCUGAACUUUUAAUAUCUUUAAUAUCAACCAAGUGUAUCCUGAAACUUACAAUAACAGAAAAAGUGAUUAGUUCUGUGGGCGUGGAAACAAAUGACGUGUGCUGUCUUUUAGCCUCAGGACAGAAUUAUCGAGGACAUAUUUCAUCUGAAUGUAAUAACUAUGAGCUGACUAGUUCAAUCUCGUCGGCUUUUAAGAGCCGCACAUAGUGAUACUAAAUAUGAUUUGGAUGUGAGGAAUUUUAACAGAUGGCACUUCUCAAACUUUGCCUCCCCAGGCUUAAGUUCAUUGAGAAGAUAAUAGCUUUAAGUUAAUACCACAGCAAAAUAUCACAUUGCACAUUUGUAUCAACGUCUGAUCUGAGACAGCGAUGUUUGCCACAGUCAAAUGAGGCAAUUAAAUGAUAACAGCUCAAAGAAUUCACUUUAUUUUGGUGGGUAGCAAAGUGUUGAAAAAUUCCUCAGUGGAGUGUAAACUUGACUAAAAUGAGUGCUUGAGUUGGAGUCUCUCAAAAUCUAAAUCUCGAAUUUACAUGGCAGACUUGACUCUAUAUCCUAGCAUGUGUGCCAGCUCUAGUUUGUCAUUAAGGUUGUUUUCAUACAAGAAGGUUUUGGGGUACUUGGGUUAGGGGUUCUGGACAACAACACACACUUACAAUGGUUUGUGGUGGUAUUGUUCCAAACAAACAGACGCAGAUGAAUAAGAAAAAAAUAGCUCAUGAAUUGGCCACACCAGGUAAAGAAAAUUCAUUCCCUUCUCCAGCUCAUUCAACACACAAACAAUGGAGCAACACUAAUCAAUGCAGCCUUGGGGUUUUUGCUGUUGCUUUGGUGUUUUUUCAUUUGUUUCACGAGAAAGCACCCAGCAUGAGCAGCAGGUGAGGCAUGUUGUUCCUUACAUGAGACAAAUGAGUCAGUACACAAAAAGAAAGCAAGCCCGAAUAAAAGCGUAACACUACAUGUUACCUUAGUGACACAGAGGUUGAGCAAGGUAUUGCCACACAGAUGCGCUGAGCUUCCUUACAACCUUUGAUUUAUAAGCUGGUCUGCUUUGCUUUCCCACCUCAAACAAACCGCACCAGAGUUCACUUGGAAGCUAAUCAAUGUUUUCAAGAAGGCCAGAGUUCACUUGUCUGGUCAGAGUUCAGCUGAGCUUUCACACCACUCUGAAAGAGCUGAACUAUCUGAGGAAAUGGACCAGGGUUUGUUUACAGUGGACCAAACAGCUCCAGCCUGAAUGCAACCUGAGAAGUAAAGCUGGCUGGCAUCCAUUGUUGCUAUUGCACUCACUGGAGACAUAUAAUUCAUUCAACCUCAUUUAAAAAAUACCAAACUAUCCCUUUAAGCUAGCCCUGUUGAGCUUUAUACCCUUGAACUCUUGAUGUGUGAUAAGAUGCUUUAUUAAUUCUUCUGGGAAGAGCAACGACUGCAUGCAAGCAAAGAUUUGAUAUACGUAUUUCAGAGGAGUCUGACUGAACUGUCCUUUUUAUAUAAGUAUAUAAAUAUUUUUGAUAGUGACCAGGUGGAUGUGGACAAAACUCUUAAAAACUGCAACAGCUGUCCAUCAUCAGAUAGAGUCUCAGACCUGGUGGGAUAACACUCAAUGACAUUGCCCUCUCAUGAGCAGUGUGGCGUGGAGUUGUCUCCAACAUACUUUUACAUUCUGUCCUCUCAGUCUGUCUCUUCUUUGAUUUUUUUGGACUGCCAGCUGCAUUCAAUGCCAUUUCCCUAAGUUGCUGUGGUAAAAGUGUUUUUCUUUCAUUCAUAACCCUUUUAUGCUCCAAGGCUGCUCUUGUCAUUCCUGCCCAGUGACCAGUGAAAAUUCACCUGACUGCACACCUGUGGGUCUGCAGCCUUCAAUUUUAUAAUACCACGUUUUGCUCUGUCACAUUUGUACAGUGUCUCUCAUCUAACAUUUUGCUCAGAAACGAUUGAAUUUCCCUUCAGGGAUCAAUAUAGUUUUUCUUAUCUAAUCUUUCUUUCAUGCUUGUUUUAUAAUUCAAGGAUAUUGUGAUGAAUCUACAUUAAGAUGUUGAGGCUUUGGGCCCUUAUGUGAGGAUCCUGCUCACCUUGAAGGGUUUCAGACAUUGUAAACCUGCACAAUGUGCAUUAUGCCACCCAACACAUGUCUGCUUACUGUAGAAACUCAAACAUCCUCUACAAAAUAUGAAUUUGGUGAUGGUUUAGUUGAAAAUAGAUUAUAUUCAUUCUUUUGAAAAAACGACCUAAAUGAGUUUUCUGCCUUAGUCACAGCCAAUCUCUCUGUGCUAUUCAGUCCCAUUCUGUGUUACAUUUACUGUUUACCUCAUGCACCAUCUUCAGUUUUGUAGAUUUCCGGAGUUCUCUCUGCACAUUGACGUGUUUACAGUGAGCCUGUUUGUGUUUGUUUAUCAGAGUAACAGCUUGGUAAAGACCUGAUCCAUUUCAGUGGUGUGCUGUUAAAGAAAUAACCCACGGUUAAGCCUACCCAAAGUUGUCUACACAUUUAAUUGCACAAUUAAAAAUCUUUAUAAAAAUCCUGUCCCUGAAAUUCAGUUCCACGCAAAGCCACAAGAUGGUGAAACCCAAAUAAGACCGAAAUACAGAAAUGACCAAAACCAACCAAAGCAGGAAUGGCAAGUGCCUAACCACAGAUUGGCUGUAAAUGGAAGGAUUUAGCAGUCUGCUUCUUAGCGGCUAAUGCUAACACCAAGGCUAAUCUCUACAGUACACCAGUGGAAGGCCCUGCAGACAGUAAGAGGUCGUAGUUACUUCAACAAAAGUGAAAGCAGAACUUCAUAAAACACAAAUUGAACAGGGUUACAAGGUGUUUUUUGUGCUGGCAUUUGUUUUAGCCCACAGUCAUAGCUGGUUUGUUGGAGGCCUACAUAAAGACAGGCAAGCUCAAAUAGGCGAAAUGCAUCUAAGCUAGCUGUUAUCCUUUCAAACUCAGCUAUACUCAUAAACCCAAACAACAAAUAUAAUGAGUCCCCUAUCAGAUAGUUUUUCUUCUAAGAGUCAUAGAAACAGUUCAUGACGAUACCUAAAGUUAUAGAUGGAUGUAAUAAACCCAAAAUGUGAUUGAUUUACAGAGGGGACUUCAGUGAAGGUCAGUCUGAAGAUAAUAUAUGAGAAAAAUCUGAAUAAUCCACUUUCUGUGAAGUACACUUUGCAGGGACUGUCAUUAUUCUCCUAUCUUUACCCAUUUAACAUAUUCAUAUUUGAACAGGACAUUUGCUCAUUUGUUUAAAUGAAUCUGAUUUUCAUGCACGACUGCAGUCUUAAUCCCUUAAAACUUCCUUUUACUGGAACAUUUAGUGAAGCAUAUAAAAUCUAUUGUUCCCAAAAGUGAAAACAUAACUACAAGCAUGUGCUAUUUGAAUAUUUUCAAUAUAUAUUUUCACUUCUUCAUCAAUUCUUUUGUACAGAGUUGGUACAUUUUGAUCAGUUUUGGACUACAGUUAAAUGUUUCAGAAUGGCAGCUUUUGAAAACAAUCUGACAUGGUUGUAAAAUCUACAUUUUCAUAGUUUUUUUUUUUUUAAUACUUAAAUGUACAGCACAUAUUGCAUACAUAUGGACAGAGUUCAGAGUGUGACCUGCGACUGUCGGCUUGUGUUGUCUCUGGUCCCGCAUGCUUCUCCUUUGAUUGUUUAAGGCAAAGAGGGAAUACAAUGGGAUGCAAAGACAACCUAACAACCUCAAGACAAGGGCAAACACUGGUCUCCUUUCUCACCAUUAAUUUCAUCUUAAACCAUACAGUAAUGCAGGUAUGUAUGAGGCAUUAUACCCACUGAGACUCAGGACAACAAGGCAGAGAAGUGCAGGAAAGAGUCAUGCUGAGAAAGCUGGGGAAAUAAGAGAAAAUCUCUUUUUGAUCCCCAAAUCUGACCCUGACUUGGAAAAACAGUAGCAUCAGUGUGUUGAGUGAAUACAUUUCAAUCUUUUUUGAGUGUCUCUGUGUUGUGUUUUGUUCGUAAGUCAGUGAAUGUUUUGGAAAAAUGUUCCAAACAGGCAACAUUUCUCCUGAGUUUCAUCUUUGAGAACAGAAUGACCACAGAAAAAAAAAAAAGAAUUAUACAAAACCCCAACCAAUAAAAUCCUAAAAAUAAACCAAACCAGAUCAUAAUGAAUAAAAAGAAAUACACUGAAUGUUUUUCCCCAUUGUCCACAAAGGAAGAGGUUCCUUUAAUGAUAUCUCAUCUUAGCUAGCGUGUUCUUCAUUUGAAAUCCAUUAAAUCGGGCUGACUCUCUGAUCUGGCUGAAUGGAGGACCAUCUUAGUCAGACAGAGCAGCAUACAGUCAUUGCUGGUACCAAAUGAAGUGUUUCUGAUAAAUAUGUACACACAAACAAACAAACAUACACAAUCAAAUGUGGGUAGAUAUGUAGAAAAAUCAUCUUUUUCUCCAGGGUUAUCUGCAUUCAUCCACACUGGGCAGCUCUCCUUUUCAAAGGGGAAAAAGUGUGUGAACUUAGCCACUUCAAUCUUUCAUUUUCACUUCCUCUCCCGCCGGCGCUGCAGCUGAUGGUCAGCCGGUCGCUGUCAGUGUGGCGACAGCUUUUAUACAUUAGUCUCCAGCCCGUUCAUAUCUAUGGCACAGUGGUCCUUGUCCCUGUGCUCUCUCUUGUGGUGAGAGGUGUGAGCAUGUUUCUUUUUCUCCAUGGGCCUGAUCCCCUCCUCCAGCUGGAUCAGCCGUGCCACAUCUGGGUUAAGGUGGUCCUGCUUGGUUCCUGGUGGAGGCGGCUGGUAGCAGCCGUUCUUCUGGUUCUGGUAGGUCAUCAUCUGCUGGAUGCUUAUCAUGGGCUUAGUUUCACAGAUCAGAGGCACCUGAUGGAAGAAAUGAGAAGUAUGAGAGAGUGAGAUGAUAGUUUUCAUGUCUGUCAGAAGACUUAGGAUAACUAAGAAUAAUAUUCCAUCUCCUUCUCUAUAUUCAUGUAUGCUAUAAGUUUUUUUUCUCUAUGCCACAUAUCUGAACUCUUGGUCAUGUAUAAGUCAGUACACAGCUGGAGCUUCUCAGGUGGAGACCUUUAAUGUGACCUUAACGUUUGGCAGGAAAAAAAAGUGAGACAGAGCAGGAACAUUCAGAGCCCCAAAGCUUUGGAACAAGCUGGCUGAAAAAAUCUGGUCAGCAGACUCAGCGAUCACUUUUAUAUCUCCUCUGAGACAGAACAGACUAGAACAGACUUCUAUUUGUAGCAGUUUAAAAGCAUCAUUGUGAUGACUCUUUUGUUUUAUUAAAGUAGGGAGGUUGGGUCGAGGAAGAGCGUACAGCCUGACCCAGCAGAGGUGAGCACCUCGCCCUGGCUUUGCUUUGUUGUUUGCUUUUUCUCUCCACAGAAUCAUCUCUUUGUUUUCUCUCUCCCCUCCCUUCUCUUGACAGGAAUAUUAUUUUAUGUAAAAACGUGUUAAAACAUGGAGGAAAAAAAUGGGUAGGAUUUUAAGUUGUGUGAAUAUAUGUAUCCAAAUAAUGGGUGAAUGUCACUUAAAUUAGAUACACGAACAACAACUCUUUUCAUUUAAACUCUUUCACACUAAACAGGACAAUUGGGACAGUCUUAAACAGUCUUAAACUCUCCUCCACCACAUUUUUUGGUGUCCUCUGGCUUUAAUGAGGAAAUACUUCUCUGAAAAUGCUGCUACAUUGGUGAAAGAAGCAUGAUGUGUAAACCAGCGGUCCCUAUGGCUGCUUCAUUUCCAAACACAGAGCAGCAUCCACAACAACACAGUGAGCUACGAUAAUCUCCUUCAUACUGAACCACUCCUUGCUUUAGCCUUGAAAUCAGACAUGUUACCUCAUUUUUACUCUAUAUUUCAUCCCAUGAAAGCCUUUUCUGUCUGUCAGUCACACAAAGUUCAAAGAGUCAAAUGUGGAGUAUCAUUUUAGUUUCCAGGGGACACUGAAAUGAUACUUCACAUCCUCGGAAAUCACACAUUGGUUCACAGAUUUGUCCUUGAGCUUGCUCACCUGCUCUCCUUCUUUGACAAAGUCUUUUCUGCAGAUGUGAGCCAUAAUGCCUGUGGCCAGAGCGUCACCCAUCACGUUUACCAUGGUCCUGAAUCGGUCCCUGUGUGAAGAUAUUCAAAGUCAUUCAUGGUGAUGAUGAAAGUCAGAGAAAUAUGACAUUAUUCAUUCUUUCAAAACACAAAUGAUCACAGUGCUUCCAGAUUAUUAAAUGUUUGAUGCAGGUUGAUGCAACAUGUUAGCUUAAAGUAUUUAAACAUAUGGAAUAAUUAUAUAAUGUACUUGAAAACUAAACUAGACAAGCCACGCCCUGAUUUAUUGACUUCACUUGGAUUCAGCAGGAUGGAUUGAGUCGUAACUUACAGCGCCCAGUCAACAGCAAUGAUGAGAGUGAUGUCAUCAGUGGGCAGUCCAACUGAGGUCAGCACAAUCACCAUGGUUACGAGUCCGGCCUGUGGGAUUCCUGCUGCACCGAUGCUGGCGGCAGUGGCAGUGAUGCUGAGAAAAUAAACCCAGUGAUUAUAUUUUUAUGGACCAAACAGUACAGUUAAGACCUUGUCAAACAUCUGUACCUUCAUUCUAAGCUGGUAACAUGUAGUUUAGAGUUUAGAGUUAAUGCUCAAGUGAGGAGUUUCUAAAAUGAACACUGAUUCCUCUUAAUUAUCUGCAAAAGCUAAAAAAGACUAUAGGUCUUUUCUUCACGGUACAUCAGAUUUCUUUUAAAUGCAACAUGGAAAAAAGUCACAAAAGAUUCAAAAGAGUCUGACAGAGAAAACACUUUUUUAUGUGAUGUAAAAAGAUUCAAGCUACCCUUUGCUUUAAUCUUGAUGCAAUAUACAUUUCUGAAAAGGAGUUUUUCUUAGGUUUAUGAGAUAGACUGAAUUCAGGUUAAUGCCUUUUUAUGAUAUAAUAAAAAGGCAAAUAAGACCAUGAGUAAAAAGAUUGAUCAUUUUUAUUUUGUAAUUGUAAUACCUGAUACUGUUAUGAGGGGGCUGGUGGUGGCUGUGCAGCAGAGGAAACAGACUUGUGUUUACAAUUUUUUGCACAAAACCACAACAAUCGAUAGAUUAAAUGGUCAAAAUUCACAGAAUGAGAUUUUUUUGUGUCAGAAAACUUGACUUAAGCAUGUGAAGGACAAAAUAUACAACGGCUGCUUUGACCACGGGGGCGCUAAGAUGACACAUUACAAAAGAUGGUCUUUUUCUUGAUCAAUCAAUCAAACCUGAGAACUUUAAAUUCUCAAGGCAUCCUUAUUUCACUGCUCAUAUGUUAAAUGGAACCAGGCUGAUGAAUACAUAUUUCCAAAUCAGUAUUCAUGUAUUAUGACGACUGUGUGUGUGUGUGUGUGUUAUUUUCAUCAGCAGUAGUAAAAUUUCUUAAUUGGUUAAGUAUUUGAACACCUCCUCAUCCUCAACAUAUGAGGAAUUAGAGCUACAGAGAGUCUGACUGAGCUGAUAUUCUGUCUGGGACCUUAGACCCUGAGCUCAAACUGACAAACUGUUCCUUUGCAGUGCUGUGGAUGUUGGAGAUGGCAUGUGGGGUUAGCAUGCAGAUGGAAAAGCUCCAUGGUCCACCGCCAAAUGGCACAGUAAUAGGACACAGCGAGAGAGGGAAAAUUAUUAUAAUUCUGGCGUGACAAGGGAGAUGAGUAAUACAGGUCAUAUGGGUUUUACCGCCAAGGGAUUAUGAGGGAAUGGGCACAGACUGCAGCCAUGAGGAGGUUUGCCUAAUGUUAUUACAGCCGGAUAUGUCAUAAAACCAGAGGUCGGGAGGGACAUUUUCAUAAACUUUGGAUAGCACAGGUAAUGUUGGUUGGAGGUUAUGCACUGGUGUUUUGAUAGCGUUGUUUUUUGUCUGUAUGUUACUGUGUGUGUCUCUGUCUGUGUUCCUGGGGCUUCCAGACUGAUUUAGCAGAAAUCAGAUCAGACUAAGAAGCUCAUAUGAGGCGUAAUCUGUGUGACAUUUACAUAUAUGUGUAUCUAGUAAAUCCCAUAAUAUUUUUUAUUAAUUCAGAAUUAAACCAGAAGUGUGACGUUAGAUUUCUCUCAAAACAUCAGCCUGACAGCAACAGAUUUUGACCCAUAUGACAUUUUUUGAUGUUGUCAGAUAGAGAGAAAUCUCCUCAUUUGUAAAAUUGCUUUUAUUCACACCUGAGCAAAGGGAUAUACAUUGAAUAUAGACCAGUUUGACAUGCAUUUGAUGAGAAAAAGCAGGGUAUCUGAUAUAAGAGUUCUGGAUAUCAUCGCAGUGAUUUAAUUUCCAUCUCUUUUUGACCUUGCUCUCCUCUAUCCAUUAAAGUUCAGGAGUUUCUUUCCUCAAGGGUCGAUUUUAUUCUCCAUUUCUGACUUGGCCAGCCUUACCUGAUUGUGAUGAUCUGCCCAAAGUCAAGCUCAUAGUUGUUCACUUGGGCGAUGAAGAUGGCCGCCACGGCUUCGUAGAGCGCGGUGCCGUCCAUGUUGAUAGUGGCCCCGACAGGCAGCACAAAGCGGAUGAUUCGUCUGUCAAUGUGGUUGUUCUCAAGGAGGCACUUGAAGGUGAUAGGCAGAGUGGCAGAGCUGCAGCAGAGAGACAGAGGCAUUUAAAGAUAAUGAUGCACUCAAGGACAUGCAGUAUGACUAAUGGUAUAUAUUUUUAGAGACCUUGAGAUUUCUAAAUGUGUCGUGAAUCAAACACAACUACAACUUCUUCAGUGAGUUUAUUACUGGUUGUAUCUGAAUGUGGCAGUGUGACACUAAUUUUCCACCUCUUCAUAAUCAUAACACCCCUAAAAUUGUGAGACAUUAGACCAAUUUCCUGUUUUUGUCAACAGAAUUGCUUUUCAUGAGAAAAAAUUGGUAAUGUGUAAAGAUGGAUAGUUUGUAUGGAAAAAUGCUUCUCUAUCACUGUAAGGAAUUGUUCCUCUCUUUAGUUUUCCUGUAUUUUUCAGCGCUGCUUUUAAAGUCUUACACAUCUGCGUCUUUUUUUCCCUGAAGUUGUUAAAAAUGUCUAAGUUCGAAGAACCCGAUAUUUUUACUUGUACACCAAGAAACAAUGACAUGCUGAGAGCUUAGAUUAUGAAAUGUCAGUUUUGAAAACCUGUGUAGCUGUGGGAGAGGCCAGAAAGCCUUACUUUAAGACUGCCGCAAAUCACAGUAAGACCAGGUUGAGAAUACGCUUUAUAAAGUUAAGAGUGGUGCUGUUUAGAUAAAGUCAAAAUGAUCUUGUACAAGAGUUGGCUGAUCAUGUAAAGAGAGAAAUGUGAUAAGAAAUCUAUCAGAAGUUGCUUGUGGGUUUCCUUACCUUGUGAGAAAGUUUGGCUAUAUAAGAUCUGGAUGCUUCCAAAUGCAAGUAGCUUGGUUUUACCCUAGCAGAAAACUUCUUGGUAUUAAAAAAUAAAGCCAAUGCAGAAGGAAACAGUAGUCCCUCCAGAAUCUCAUACUUUAGGGAUUUCCAUUUGCACCCAUUUUAUGAUGACAUGCCCAAUUUACAGCAGAAAUAAACAUGUUUACAUCCUGGAACUGACAAUGGUUGAGGUCUAGCCUAUAGCCUAUCUAUCUUUUGAACUUACUGCAGAGGAAAAAAAUGUAAAAAAAAAUGAAUUUUUUUAAGCAAGUUUUGCAUCAUUAAGCUUAACAAGGGUGUAGCUGACUUCACUGACAGGAGGAUGCAUGGCAGUUUUUGGCCUGGAGGUUAAAGGCUCCUUUUAAUUCUGCCUCUGUGCCUCUUCUUAAAGACGAAUCCAGUUAUAGAUGCCUGUGCACUGUAGCAGCAGUGAGGAUGGCUGUAAUGACAAUGUUACACAGCUGCUGUAACCUAAGGAGUUGACCAUACCUGCUUCACAUUUUGUUCGCAGUGCUUGGUAAUGGAACAAUAUAGUGGUUACAAUAACAGCUGCAUCUAUCAUAACAGACUAGUUAUUUCUCCAAGUGUGCGUUUUAGACUAGUAUUCUCGAAGCACAUGUUUUGGUCAUUUGUUUGUUUGCAAAACCAUCUUGGCCUUGCAGUUGGCAAUAACCAUCUGAAAGCUCUUGUAUAACAACCUGUUAGAAAACAAUGGGUGAUUUCACCGAGAACACAGCCAUGUUUUAUAUUGCCUAUGUUUUCCCCUGAAACAGCUAUAGAAACACAUAAUAACAUGCACCAUAAAAAGUAAAUAAGUAUUCUACAUGGUGUAAACACUUGAAAACACACUGGUAAUACUGUUGACGUCACUGUAAAAGCUUUAAGGUUCAUUGUUGGAGAAGUCUACAAUUUAGCACAACAUUAAGGGUAGAUGCACAAGGUUACAAAGGUCACGGUAAGCUAACAAACAUCCAUUUUCAUCCAAGGUGAACUCCAUCAACCAUUCUCCACUCCAUUUUCCUUGGGAAUGCAGAGUAAAAGCCCUCCUACCACAAUCAGAGUUACUCAUCUUUCGCAAACCAUUAACCGAAGUUUAUCAUAGUGUAACACGGUAUCAGUUGUUGCAGUAAAAUCAUGACCGGCAAUAUUUGUUUGUAUUAACUAUGUUUUUUGAAAAGAUUGCACCUCUGGGUUCACUUUAAGAAUCACCAGGCAUCUUCGAUUGACUAAAAUAAUGAUUAUAUUUGUCUUUGUUGGGAUAAAUAAACAAAGUAAUGCAGCGAACAAAAUAAAGAUGUUUCAUUAUCUUAAACUUACUCAGUUAAACAGAUCCAUGUUUGUGAAAAAAAGAGUCCAAAGGUUAAUAAUAAACUCGUAGGGUUUGCUUUAGUAAAUAUGGGAAGAAAUUUUAUUUGUUACCUGGAGGAGGUGGCCAAGGAGAUCAGCAGGGCCUGCAGGAUGCCUCUGAUGUAAACAAUGGGGCUCUUUUUAGUGAUGAAGAAGUACAUGGCUGGGAGGAUGAAUAAACCAUGCAGCACCAAACCCAUUACCACUGUAAUGGCAUAAAAACCGAGCUUCUUCCC